AUGAAUUGGAGCAUGUCUUUUGGUGGGCAUGAACACUCCUGAGAGUUGGUACUCCUUUUAGUUUUGGCAUGAAUCAUAGGACACCACCCUACCCCGCUGGGGAUUAUUGUCUUCUGUGCAGAAGUGAACGGAAAGACCCUUCAUUCUUAGAGAGUGGAGUUAAGACUGCGAGCAAAUUGGCCCUUUCCAUGGCACCCAAGGGCAACAGCGUGCUGCACCUGCCGCUGUGGGUGUGCCCGGACUGCCGGAGAACUGUGGAGAAGGAGGAGAGGCACGGCGGCCUUGACCAGCCGCAGGGCCAAGAUUUUCUUCUUCACUCACCACUGGGGGGCUCUCAGCCUGAGGCUGGUGGCACAGGGAGGCUGGCUCUGGGCACACAGACACUGCCCUCUACAGGGUUGGGCGCCACACCCUCGGAGGCUGCCUGCUCCUGCGAAGCCUGCAGUGAGCGCAGAGAAAUUUCGGCAGAGAUGGAUCGGGAACCUCAACAGCUGCAGAACUACUGGUCAGAAGUGCGCUACAUGGUCCGCUGCAUCUACCGCCAGGCGGGGACACCACUGGCAGACGACCAGGACCAGUCUCUGGUACCCGACAAGGAGGGAGUGAAGGAGCUCGUGGAUAGGCUCUGUGAGCGGGACCCCUACCAGCUAUACCAACGGUUGGAGCAGCAAGCCCGGGAGUAUGUGCUAGAGAUGAAGGUCCGCCUKCUUCGGCAGUUGUCAGCUGCAGCAAAGACAAAGGCGCCAUCUGGCCUGCAGGGCCCACCUCAGGCACACCACUUCAUUUCGCUUCUCCUCGAGGAGUAUGGCGCUCUCUGCCAGGCCGCACGCUCCAUCAGCACUUUCCUCAGCACUCUGGAAAAUGAACACUUGAAAAAAUUCCAGGUGACCUGGGAACUGCAUAAUAAACACCUGUUUGAAAAUCUGGUCUUUUCGGAGCCACUUCUCCAGAGCAACUUACCAGCAUUGGUGUCACAGAUCAGGCUGGGGACCACCACACAUGACACCUGCAAUGAAGACACAUACAGCACCUUGCUGCAGAGGUUCCAGCGCUCUGAGGAGGAGCUGCGCAGAGUCGCGGAGCAGUGGCUGGAGUGCCAGAAGAGGAUUGAUGCCUAUGUGGACGAGCAGAUGACAAUGAAAACCAAACAGCGCAUGUUAACGGAAGACUGGGAGAUAUUUAAACAAAGGCGAUUCAUUGAAGAACAGUUAACCAAUAAGAAAGCGGUUACUGGCGAGAACAACUUCACAGAUACCAUGAGGCACAUGUUGUCAUCACGACUGAGCAUGCCUGACUGCCCCAACUGCAACUACAGGAGAAGAUGUGCUUGCGAUGACUGCAGCCUCUCACACAUCCUCACUUGUGGUAUCAUGGACACCCCCGUCACUGAUGACAUCCACAUUCACCAGCUACCACUCCAAGUGGAUUCUGCUCCCGACUAUCUCUCUGAGAUGCGCCCACCUAGCGUGUCCUCAGCAAGCUCAGGGUCRGGCUCCAGCUCUCCCAUCACAGUUCAGCAACAUCCCAGACUCAUCCUCACAGACAAUGGCUCUGCACCAACUUUUUGUAGUGAUGAUGAGGACGUUGCACCAUUGUCAGCCAAGUUUGCUGAUAUUUAUCCAUUGAGUAACUACGACGAUACCGAGGUGGURGCCAACAUGAAUGGGAUCCACAGUGAACUGAAUGGUGGUGGGGAAAACAUGGCCCUGAAAGAUGAGUCCCCACAGGUGAGCAGCACCAGUAGUAGCUCUUCAGAAGCCGACGAUGAAGAAGUGGAUGGUGAAAGCAGUGGGGAGCCCCCAGGAGCUCCAAAGGAAGAUGGGGCCCUGGGAAACGGGAGCCCCAGGACAGAGGAAAGUAAAGUGGACACUCCACCCCCUUCUUACCCAGCCCAGCAGGCUGAACAAGCUCCGAACACUUGUGAAUGUCAUGUUUGUAAACAAGAAGCCUCUGGGCUGACAGGGUCAGCAGUGACAGCUGGAGCCCUUCCUCCUGGUCAUCAGUUCCUGAGCCCAGAGAAGCCUACGCCCCCUGCAUUACAUCUGUACCCCCACAUCCAUGGACAUGUGCCUCUGCACACGGUUCCACACCUGCCUCGCCCUCUCAUCCACCCGACCUUGUAUACAGCACCCCCUUUCCCACACAGUAAGGCUUUACCACCAGCACCUGUUCAGAAUCACACAAAUAAGCAUCAGGUAUUCAAUGCAUCUCUUCAAGACCAUAUUUAUCCGAGCUGUUUUGGGAAUACUCCAGAGUGGAAUAGUUCUAAAUUUAUAAGUCUUUGGGGAUCAGAAGUGAUGAAUGAUAAGAACUGGAAUCCUGGCACUUUCUUGCCAGAUACAAUUUCUGGGAGUGACAUAUUAGGGCCAGCACUCUCAGAAGCAAGCCCUGGAACCCUUCCACCUCCAUCUAGCAACGAGGCAUCUGCAGUUUCGGAUAGUAAAGAGAAAAAAAGUGCUGCAAAAAAGAAAUGUUUGUACAAUUUCCAAGAUGCUUUUAUGGAAGCAAACAAAGUUGUCAUGGCCACCUCCUCCGCCACAUCCUCUGUGUCCUGCACAGCCACCACGGUGCAGUCAAGCAACAGCCAGUUCAAGGUGUCGUCCAAGAGACCCCCAUCGAUAGGUGAUGUCUUUCAUGGCCUCAACAAGGAGGACCACAGACACUCAGCACCUGCUGCCCCAAGGAACAGCCCCACAGGCCUGGCCCCGCUUCCAGCCCUCUCUCCUGCCUCGCUCUCCCCAGCCUCCACACCUCACCUUGCAAAUCUUGCAGCCCCACCAUUCCCCAAAACUGCAACCACAGCUCCUGGGUUUGUGGACACGCGUAAGACCUUCUGCCCUGCCCCCAUGGCACCCCCGCCUGCCACCACAGAUGGCUCCGUCAGCGCCCCUCCCAGUGUCUGCAGUGACCCUGACUGCGAAGGGCACCGCUGCGAGAACGGUGUCUAUGACCCACAGCAGGAUGAUGGGGACGAGAGUGCAGAGGAGGACAGCUGCUCUGAGCAUAGCUCCAGCACCUCAACAUCAACCAAUCAAAAGGAGGGCAAGUACUGUGACUGCUGCUACUGUGAGUUCUUCGGACACGGCGGGCCUCCCGCUGCUCCAACAAGUAGAAAUUAUGCAGAAAUGCGGGAAAAGCUUCGUUUGCGGCUGACCAAGAGGAAAGAAGAGCAACCUAAAAAAAUGGAUCAGAUCUCGGAACGAGAAAGUGUUGUUGACCAUCGAAGGGUAGAGGAUUUGUUACAGUUUAUAAACAGCUCAGAGACCAAGCCAGUAAGCAGUACUCGGGCAGCCAAGCGUGCGAGGCAUAAGCAGAGAAAGCUGGAGGAGAAGGCACGCCUGGAAGCUGAGGCCAGGGCACGGGAGCAUCUGCACCUCCAGGAGGAGCAGAGGCGGCGUGAGGAGGAGGAGGAGGAAGAGGAGGAGGAGGAGCAUCAUUUCAAGGAAGAAUUUCAGCGGCUUCAAGAGCUUCAGAAGCUAAGAACUGUAAAGAAGAAGAAGAAGGAGAGGCCAAGUAAAGACUGUCCCAAACUGGACAUGCUUGCUAGAAACUUCCAGGCAGUGACAGAGUCUGUCCCUAACUCUGAAAAUAUUCACAAUGGCUCAGUAGAGCAAUCCGAAGAACCAGAAACCUCAUCUCUCUCCCCUUCAACACAUGUGAACCACUCAGAGCCCAGGCCAGGGCUGGGAGCAGAUGGGGAUGCUGCAGACCCUGUUGAGGCCACAGACUCCAAACUCCUCCUCCCUAGGGAGGUCAAUGGGAAGCAGCAUGAGCCACUAGCUUUUUUCUUGGACAUGAUGCAUCACCAUAAAGAGGGAAAUGGGAAACAGAAGCUAAAGCAGACCAGUAAGGCCAGUAGCGAGCCAGCAAGGAAACCCCCAGAGCCCCCCAAAGCCACAGAGGGUCAGCCCAAGCUCCGGGCCCAGACUGAGGCAAAGGCUAAAGUGGUUGAACUCACUUCCCUCUCAGAGCAGAAAAGAGAAGAGAGAAAAGUUAAUAGUAAUAACAAUAACAAAAAGCAGCUAAACCACAUCAAGGAGGAGAAGUCAAACCCAGCCCUUCCGGAGCCCCCAUCUCCCAGCCAGCAUCAGCAGAAUGGGCGGCUCAUACUGGCAGAUUCUCCCCAGCCAAAGGGCAAGAACAAGAAAAGUAAGAAGAAGAAAGGAGAGCGAGCCAGCAGUUCAAUUGAUGAUGUCUUUCUGCCUAAAGAUAUCGACCUGGACAGUGUUGAUAUGGAUGAGACCGAGAGGGAAGUGGAAUAUUUUAAAAGGCAGCUCCACAGCUUCUACACCUCAAGGGGCUCCUGGACUCGCACCCCAGGAAGCACAAGAGCAAGCUGAGCAGCAUCUUCAUCCAGCAACAGAACGGGCAGGCUCAUGGAGGAAGUUCACAGAGUGUGCUGAGUGGAAGAGGCACUAAGAAGACAUCCACCCAGGACGUUCCCAUCUCUAGAAGCUCACAAACCCACAUGACCAAGCUGCUAUGAGAGAGGCUAAUCACACAAAUGCCAGAACAGUGACUGCACCCCUGGGAGAAGGCAGCAGGGCACUGGGGUUGCCAGCACUGGGGGCAGUCACUUGGGUCACRCUGCAUCAUAGUGACCUUGUGUGCCUAUUUUUUGUGCCUGGUACAGGCAUGCAGUCUAGAGUUGAUGCAGGCCUGAUGGGGAGACAGUACAGUCUUGUUCUCACUGGGCCCAGGGUCCUUGGGGAACAGCUUAGGUUUACUGCGCAGAAUUUAGAUACCCAUUGGAAGCCUUGGUGUGGCUUAGAUUAGGGUUUUUCAUUGAUUUGCUUUGAACCAGGAUGUGAUUUCUUUUUUUGAGUAUUCUAAUUGCUAUGUAGAGAACAGAGUGGCUGGGGGUAGGGGGGUCACACUAAUGGAGACGGUCUGGAAGCACUUGCCAUUUGAAGGAGACAGUAGAGGCAGAAGUAGAAGUUUCCAGAAAGUUUAGAAGUUUACAUCACAUACACAAGGCUUGACCUGCUAUGGCCAGGGAAAAAGAUUCUUGGAUUCUGAGAGAUGGCACCACCCUUCCCUAGUAGACCUCAGCUUUCCCUCUACCUGGGUAGAGACCACUGGCCAGCAACACACAGUUGGGGACACACAAAUGUCUACAGUUAAAUGAUUGAACCACAAUUUAAGCAAAUUCCAUUUGUCCAUUGAAUGAGAGAGACCACCACCAUUCUCCUGUUUCACUUUCAGAUCUGCUACCUAAGUURGAGUUGGAAUGAUGAGAACUGCAAAAUUACACAAGGGUUUUAAACAAAAGAAAAUGUUCUUUACUUAAUUUAAUACGAAGUUGGCUCUUGCUGCCUGGGAAAUGAGGCCAAGUAUAGACUUUCUCAAAAGCUGUUUAGUAUGCAAUGUUUAUGGACCAGAACACAGUGAGCCUAGAGGCUGGCCUGAGUCUGUGCAGGGGACAUGUCCUCUGAGACAGGAGUGCAGGGUAGAGUGCUAUAACCCUGUCUCGCUGUCAUGAGUCCUCGUGACAGUGUGAAUUCCUGAGUAAGUUAAGACAGGCAGAGAUCCCAGCAUUGUCCUUAGUUUAGGUUAUGUGCCAGCCCCAGCCUCACAUGAAAAUUUUGUGACACAUGAAAAUUAUACAAAGCAGGAACUUUACUCUUUGUGUGAAUAGAACUUUGUUGGUGUUCAGCUGUGCUCUCACCUGCUGCCCACUGCUGUUGGGCUGUUGUGGAGGGUGUGCACUUGUCAUGACUGCUGGCCUGUCACAGAACACAUGGAUCAUCCCCAACAAUCCUUGAUAGCUGUGGCCUCAGGCUUGCUGUGGAGCCCUUCCCAGCAGUUCACGUGGGCAAGGCUCAGGCAGAGCUGCUUCCAUCUGCCCUCCCAGCUAUGGMUAGCUGUGGCUGUCCCCUUGCCUGCCCAGCUACAAGGACUGAGAUAUAGCUGGUGGCUUCUUUCCUGUCCUCAUGGGGAGCUUAGGCCACACACAAGAGCCUGCAGGGCAUGUGUUAACACAGCCCGCUCCCUACCAACCAGUGCCAGAAUUGCCACCCUGGAGUCCUGCCUCAAGACAUCUUCCAGUCCCGUCAUCCUCCCAUCAGUCCUGCCAGUCUGUCUGAGGAGCAUGGUUGCAAACCCCACUCCCACUCUGCCCAGCUGCUGCCAAAUUGUCACCUGCUCCCCAGCAAGCUGUAUCUGAAGUAGUAGCCUUUGGAUUAAGGAAGCAGUGACCCUCCUAGCCCUUUGUCCUUAUCCUUGCCAUAGCCACAUCAAGAAGGACAGGGUGCUAGCCAAUGGUAGCUGUUCUUAGAUGAGCCAGUGAGUACCUUCCUGUGAGGAAGCUGAAGGAGGCCUGUAUCCCUUAACAGUGCUGCCUCUGCCUUCCCCCAUGUGGAGCCAGCUGCUUUCUGAAGGAACCCUGGUUGUUCCUGGAGCAUGAGGUGGAAAACAAAAAGCACCAGAGACCACACAGGCUAUGUGGUCAGUGUCCUGAAGAUGGGGCCCCUGCCUCCCAUUCUCCAGGUCAAGGAGGGAGUCCUGGGCUUCAGAUCCCACUCCCUGACUCACACCCACCUCCAGUUAGUUUCUGGCAAGAUUGGGGCUGACAAGGUUGGCCAGGCCCCAGCCUGGGUGGGGGCUGCCUCCCUCAUCAGCCU